UUGUCCAGUAUUCAGCUUUUGUAUGACCUUCUCGCUGAUGAUAGAAUUGAAAGUGAAGUUAUUCGAGAUCUUGUGUUGUCUGAAGUGCCUGCUCAGUCACUUAUUCGUCAUUUGGAGAAAUCUGACGAAAGGGUAGCCCUUGCAGCUUUGUCACUUAUGAAUGCAUUGCACAAUAAAAGCGACGCACCAAGUCGUGAGCAAAUUGUGAAGCAUUUCGCAUCUGUACCUUUCCACACGGCAAUCAGAGGAAGUGUGCUGCGAGAAGGUCGAUCACGCGAUGCAGCUCUUCUUUGUCAACUCGUACCUUUGCAGCGGCUACUUAUCGCAGAACACACAAAAUUUCUGGGAAUGCCUGUGAUAGAGUGCGAUGUGGAGGAGUUACUGAGCCGCGAUGUAAUUCGUUCAUCGGCUAGUGAUGAUACACAACUGAACGAGUGGACGGAUCAACUUCUCACUGCACCGUUGGGUAAACUCGCUAUCGAUACCUUUGCAAAGUAUGCUGAUCAACAUUCUGAGGACUUGCGAAUCGUGAGUGAUAUAGAACUAUACUAA